AUGGAUGUAUGGAACCCUUCGAGCGAACGUUUUGCGUUUAGCCGCCACGUAACGCGCACCUGGCGCCAGCUCUACCACGUCCAUCACCUACAGUGGUACCGAUGGGUAUUGCGAGGCGCUGCAGGCCUCCACCUCACACCGAACUUUGGCAAACUCUAUUGGCACUACAGCACUCAUCAUUCUCCGUCGGUUUUUCCCGACUUUUUGGCCUUCAGUCUCUCGGUUGCGGCAAGGGUCGUCUGGCAUUUCCUGUUCAGAGACCCCGGGGGAUUCCUGGGGUUCAAGCGGCCUGGAAGAGGGUAUCGAUGGGUUGUUGCGGGUAUCCUUGGGCUGACGACGUUGCCAAAUGGAGUGGUGCAUGUGUGGGCGCUGAAGAUGGCCCUCAGAAAGGAUAUGGUUCUGCUUUCGGGAGUUGUGACGGCUGUAUUGGCAAUCGUCUUUUUCGUUCCGCUCGCUGGACUGGCGUGGUGGAUGGCUUGGAAGUACUUGCUGGCUGCGGAUGAGAGUAAUGAGGAGUUUGAGCCGGUAGUGAAGUGGAGCGUUAUAGUUUCCGCUGGAGGGCAAGUGCAGGAUUGGGAGCCUCCCGCUGUCGAACCCUAUAGAGACGAGCCAGCAGACGGCACGGAGGUGAAUGGCUAUCUUGCCGAAGCGUACGGAAAACAGACACUGGCAGCAGAAGAGUUGCUCUUGGAUGUGGACUCCGCUGGAGUUGCCGGACCUGUCGAGGUACAAUCCUUGGGAUUGGACGCAGUUCACGAUGAAGAAGCUGAAGAUCAGGGGCGGGAGCUGGACGAUGCGCCGAAUGCGACUUCAGCUACGGACGCUACACUUCCUUCCCGUUGUCCAACCCUAGCUCGUUUUGAGUAUAUGCCGCAACGGUACUCUGGCCCGCAUUCCUGGUUUUCAUACCCCAUAAUUCCGGUGGUGCUCUCUACCUACGGCACCAUUCUUCUCAUUGUGCUUCCCAUCUUCAUCCACGAAGACCGGGCAUACGACCUCAGAGCUCCCUCUCCUACGCUGAAAAGGAGUCUCGACAUGCCACUCGGACUGUAUCUCCUCUCCUUCUACGCCGCAAAGCACUGCAUUCGCGCAUCCCUCUUCGAAAGAUUCAGCAUCGCGCCUCCCGAGCCUUGGAAGCAAAUGAUCUCGAUCUUACCCUCCUGGUUUGGCACAGGAGGCACCUUUAAGAAUCAGGACACGGGGGAAAUCACCGUCUACGAUCCUCGACGUCGUGCUUUCCCAUGGCAGGCAUACCGCAAUCCGGCCCUCAUCCGCACCCGUGCGUAUAUCAAGAAAUAUAAUGACUGUGCGGAUGCUGCAUGUACGUCGUACUGGGGCCACUCGGGCCGUCCGACAAAGUCCGACUUCCGGUUCCGUCCGACCAUUUACCGGGUUGGAUUCCUUCUUCUCGCGGGCUACUUCGCACUCAAGGGAUUUUGGAACACGGUGUUCUACGACGUGCCCAACGAAUUCGAGGAGAGGCUGAGGCAUUGGAAGAGCAUCACGCCGGCAGACAUUGCGCGGAUACGGAGGAUUCUCGCGCUUUGGCAAGGUCUAGUAUAUACGGGUCUCUAUUUCACCGUCAUGGCUCUGUCCUACGCGGCGGCCUCGACGGGAAGCAUGGUGACGCUUUUCUUCAUGGCCGUGUGGAAGCAUGUGCCAGAGGAGGCGAAGGAGGAAACGUAUCGAGCGGCACGGGAGGCCCAAGAGCGGGAAAUUGAAAGGAGGAGCAGGCAGGAGUGA